AUUCAUUCAUACGAUGAUCACAUGAUGAAAUCUUUGAACAUUGGUUUUGAAGGCAGCCAAUACCAAACAGUUGUAUUUUGUUUGAAAUCAACCCCACAGCUGAAAUCCAUUACACUCAUGCCUUUCCCCUCCCUUGCUCCCAUUCUCUCUUUCUCUCUCGUACCUUCUUCAUUUCUCCCUCUAAAAUGGAAGAAGGUGACCCCAGCAAGGUUCUUGAUCUCAUCAAAGAGCUUGUUCUUCGUCUUCUUUCUCACAAUCCCACCUCCGAUUCCAUCUCUACCUCCUCCCAUUUCGACAAAUCCCUUCGCUAUGCAAUUCGCAUUCUCACUAGUCGAAUGACUCCCUCCAUUGCUCCUGAUGCUGCCGCCAUUGCUGAGUCCAUCAAGCGCAGGCUCGCCACCGAGGGUAAGUCUUCUCAGGCCCUCACUUUUGCUGAUCUUUAUACUAAAUUUGCAUCGAAAACCGGCCCUGGGAGUGUAAAUAACAAAUGGGCUGUGCUUUAUUUGAUUAAAAUUGUGGCGGAGGAUCGGAAAUGUAAACGGACCCAGUUUGAAUCUUCAAUGCUUUUGCCUAAUUUAGUAGCGAGUGAUCCUGUGUUAGGAAAGAAUUCUGGGGGUUUACAGCCGUGUGAGAGGGAGUGGCAGAAGGGGGUUUUGUUGGUUUCAAAAGACCCUGGGAAUCUUCGCGAUAUUGCUUUCAAGGAGUUUGCUAAUUUGCAAAAGGAGGAAAAUGAAGUGACUGAAGAGGCUUUGGUGAGGGAUGUAUUGUAUGCUUGUCAAGGAAUUGAUGGGAAGUAUGUGAAAUUUGACAACAAUGCUGAUGGGUAUGUUUUGUCCAAUUUAGUUAAGGCUCCCAGGGCAACUAGGACGAUGGUUCGCAAGCUCGGUGAAAUCGGGUGGCUGUUUAGGAAGGUUAAAGGUUAUAUCUCGGAAAGUAUGGAACGUUUUCCAGCUGAAGAUGUUGGAACUGUUGGACAUGCUUUUUGUGCUACAUUGCAGGAUGAGCUUUCGGAAUACUAUAAACUGUUGGCAGUUCUCGAAGCUCAGUCGAUGAAUCCGAUACCCAUGAUUUCGGAGACAGCAAGUUCAGGAAACUAUCUCUCACUAAGGAGAUUGACAGUUUGGCUUUCUGAGCCAAUGGUGAAAAUGAGGUUGAUGGCUGUAUUGGUCGAUAAGUGUCGAGUCUUGAAGGGUGGGGCGAUGGCUGGGGCUAUCCAUUUACAUGCUCAGCAUGGUGACCCGUUGGUGCUUGAAUUUAUGUGUCGUUUGCUACGGCGUGUAUGCUCUCCACUUUUUGAGAUGGUGAGGAGUUGGGUUUUGGAAGGGGAGCUAGAAGACAUUUUUGCUGAGUUUUUCGUUGUUGGGCAGCAAGUGAAGGCCGAAUCUCUCUGGAGGGAAGGUUAUAGGCUUCGUACGAGCAUGCUUCCAUCUUUCAUUUCGCAAUCUCUAGCCCGACGUAUCUUGAGGACUGGAAAAUCGAUUAAUUUCCUUCGUGUUUGUUGUGAGGAUAUGGGAUGGGCUGAUGCUGCAACCAAAGCAGCAGUAGCCGCUGGGACCUCGACCAAAAGGGGAGGUCUUGGAUAUGGCGAAACCGAUGCUCUUGAAUCUUUGGUAGAUGGAGCAGCAAAAAGAAUAGACAAACACUUGUUGGAUGUGAUACACAAGCGGUAUAAGUUCAAAGACCAUUGUCUAGCAAUUAAGCGCUAUUUGCUAUUAGGACAAGGUGAUUUUGUCCAAUAUCUGAUGGAUAUUGUUGGGCCUGAACUUUCUGAGCAUGCCAAUGCCAUUAGCUCGUUUAAGUUAUCCGGUCUCCUCGAAACCGCGAUUCGCUCUUCUAAUGCCCAGUAUGAUGAUCCCGACAUCUUGGAUAGAUUAAAGGUUAAGAUGAUGCCUCAUGGAACCGGAGAUCGGGGUUGGGAUGUAUUUUCAUUGGAAUAUGAGGCAAGAGUUCCAUUAGAUACUGUAUUUACAGAGUUGGUCAUGUCAAAAUAUUUAAGGAUCUUUAAUUUCCUGUGGAAGCUUAGACGGGUCGAGCAUGCCCUUAUGGGUACUUGGAAGACAAUGAAGCCGAACGGCAUCAUGUCGUGUUCAUUGACUAAGCUGCACCACGGGGUUAAGAAGCAAUUACUCUCGACAUUAAGGCGAUGCCAGGUCCUUUGGGUCGAGAUGAAUCAUUUUGUUACGAACUUGCAAUACUACACAAUGUUUGAAGUCCUGGAAGUAUCAUGGUCUGAUUUUUCAAAUGAAAUGGAAGCAGCAAUGGAUCUUGAUGAUUUACUUGCAGCUCAUGAAAAGUAUCUUCAUUCAAUAUUUGAAAAGUCUCUUCUUGGAGAACAAUCUCAGACACUUUGCAAGUCGCUUUUUGGCUUAUUUGAUCUAAUAUUACGAUUUCAAAGUCACGCCGACAGAUUAUACGAGGGAAUACAUGAAUUACAAUGCAGAACAAUAGAAUCAUCUUUACCCUCCAGAGACAAGAGUAAGAAAAAUCGUUCAACAGGAAAAUCUUUCGACACAUCAUCGUGGAUAGCUGAUGGCAAGAAUGCUCUAACACGACGUGCUGGGGAAUUUCUUCGGAAUGUUGAGCAAGAUCUAGCUGCAUUAGCCAAACAGUAUUCGUCAUUGCUCGAGGGGUUCAUUUCUCAGCUGCCUUUGCAACAGCAUGUUGAUUUGAAGUUUCUUCUUUUCCGCCUCGACUUUACCGAAUUUUACAGCCAGUUACAACCUCAUGUGUAGAUUGGAUGUCAGAUAUAUACCUCAUAUGUCCUAGCUGCCAAGCACAGGGAUCAACCAUUGAAAAUUUCUUUGCCUGGCUGUAAUUUGAGGCAUUCGUGUGCUCGUCUUUGGAGAUGCUGUGUUUAUUUUAUAUGCAUUGAGGAAGCGAGUGAAGGACGAGGAGCUUCGGAUCAAUGGUUACGCGGGGGAUCACUUUUAACAACGAUACAACCGUCGAGGAAGUAGAGAAGUCUACGAGUUGUGACUGAGAGUGUAUAUUUGAUGUGUUACGAGGCAAAAAAAUGUGGAUUCUAGUAGGUGAUGAUCAGAGUUAUUUGUAAUUUGGUUAGAAAGAGGGAGCAUUGUGAUCAUUAUGCUCUCUAUUUUGAUAUUCUUUUUUGUAUCGUCGCUCAUUGUAAGUAGUUUGUUGGAUUGGAGUUCUUUAUAUUCGUUCAUCAUCAUGGACACUACCUUGAAGGUAAGUUCAACAUUAA